UUUGGAUUACUCCACUCAACAACCGUCACCAUGAAAGUUAUCGCCGUUUUCGCCGCCGUUUUGGCCGUAGCCUUGGCUGCCCCAGCUAACCCAGACGCUGACGCCCAAGUGCUCAGGAACGACUUGGACAACAUUGGCACUGACGGAUUCAACUGGGCCUACGAAACCAGCAACAAAAUCCAAGCUCAAGAACAAGGACAACUCAUCAACGCUGGAUCUGAAAACGAAGCCAUCGCUGUACGUGGAUCCUUCCAAUACGUAGGACCUGAUGGUGUAACCUACCAAGUGACUUACAUCGCCGACGAAAACGGUUUCCAACCACAAGGCGCCCAUUUGCCAGUUGCCCCACAAUAAUUUGUUACUAGUUUAUUUUUAUAAAAAAUAAAAAAACAAAAAAAAA